UUUUGUCUUGUUUUAACUGACAUUUCCUGACAUUUCUAUGCCAAACUUGGCAUCCCGGAACUUGCAGUCUUAAUAGAGAGCGGCCUCAUUAUAACCGACUGUCUUGGAUUCUGUAUUCGCAUUUUAUCUAUCAAUUUGACGUCAGGUACGGCGAGAAGCAGUAGCAAGAUUUAAUUUGCACUUUGCUGCCUUUGCUGCCGCCAAUUCUAUCUACCAACGACUGGGGAGCCACGAGACAGUUGCACGACUUUUCUAACGGUCCUCUUAUCAUCGCCGGGAUUAUUUUGCAGCUUACGAAACACCCCGCCUUCUCGUCUUCUGCCCCUCUACGCCGAAUAAAGUCCCCUUACUAGGCUGGCAAACUAAACAACCCCUCGGACUAUUCUCUUUAGACAGUGGGUACUGGCCUGCGUUGAUCGCCAGGGCCAAUCGCACAUACAGUCCCAAUGCAUCACAGCCGUCGCAAAUCCGGACAUGCCUCGACCAACAGCUCAACGACGGACGUGCGAAAAGCCGUCACUACCUCAGAUCUCUCGAGGCCUAGGAGGCCACAAACCCUAAGCAGGAAAUCGACACCUCAGACAGUGCAAAAGCUAGGUAAAAAUCCCAGGGACCGCGAGAGGGAAUGGGAGGAAGAGCGGUGGUUCGACGAUGAGCGGGAAAGCUUCCCUCAAUUUUGUAUGACUUGCGAAAAGCAAUUCACCCCACAGGACGAGAAAUUCUUAUAUUGCUCUGAGGCGUGUCGCGAGCGUGACCAAAUUGCGAGCGUAAGAGCAUCGUCAUCCCACCAUACGAGUAGGGGACAUGACGGCUUCGGAGCCAACUUGCCGUAUUACACGGUGGGCAAUCCGGAACCCCGAGACAUCAUCCCGCGCGCCUCACCGUCUCGUUGGUCGCCUCCUACUUCGCCAACCACCAGUCAAUACACCAGCGCCGUCUCCGCCUUGAGGUCAUUAAGUAUAAGGCCGGUGAGCCCGACUUCGCCCGUAGGAGGAAACACGAUGUGGCCAUUCACCCGCAGCGCCGUUACCAGCCCGAGUACAUCUUACACAAAACCGUCUAACAACUUCUACUCGUCGACCUACGACAAUGGUUACGCGGUAACGGGUUACGGAUAUGGCCAAGGCGGCACCACCACUUCAGAGCGACCGUUACCCAUGAGGAAACCAGGGGCUUACUCUCGACCCAAGAGCAUCGAGCUCGUUACGCCGAUAGUAGGCCGCUGAACGGCAGCCAAUUCCAGAAACCAGUUUUGGGUCCUCGCCAUAGUGCUGACGUGAGACUCGGAGAGUUUGUUUUACGCGCGCCGACCGAUUUUCCCACGUUCAGCAGGUCAGAUCGAUACUUGGCGUGGGAGUCCGUAUGGGAUGUCACAGUC